AUGUUGUCAAAGAGCGGCACACGUGGAGAGGCUGAUCCCAGGAUCGAGUUGAACGUCACCUUCUUGCCGGCCUUGAUUAAUCCUCCACUCUCUGUUUCCAUGAAAGCUUCCAGUUGUUUGAAAUUAGUAUGCUUUGGAUCCUCAAAGAAAGAUUCUGGACGGUCCAGAACAAUCUCAAUGAGAUCUCCUGAAGUGGACAGCUCGCUCACCUCGGAAAUCAGAUCAAACUCGUCCGUUGUUGGAUAA